GAGGAUAAUGCUCUUAGCAGCAAGCUGGGCAUCCAGCAGAUACAGCCUUGUCUUGCCCUGUCUCAGGAGCACUGCCUGAGACCAAAGGAGGUCUCACCAUGUUAAACAAGUGCCACUGUCCUUGUCAGACUAAUUUAUUGUUGGAUCUUCUGGAUAAGUUACUGAACUAAGGAAAUUAAUGUCUGUAUUUCAGAGACUGCUGAAAAAGAAGGCUUUAUAUCCUGUGGCACUUGAACUGCUACCUUGUUGGAUUUUUAAGGCGGUGAUAGGAAAUGCCCAUUUCCCAAAACACAAAACCGUGAUUGAAUAAAGCUCUGGUUGCUACUUCAGAGUAAAGAAACAAAGCCUUCAGCUGUUUUUGUUAAUGCACAAAUUUCCAUAUACAACCAUGAACCUUAGCUGACCGCUCUCCUCCUCUUUUUGCUAAGACAAGAAGCUUUGUGACCAGCUCUUGUACGUGGGAACAGUAGCAAAAAAGGAGAAAACCCAUGUUGGCAUUUUGAGGCUUUUUUGAAGACUGUAUUUUUUCCUUCUGCCCGUUGCUGUGGUGGAAGGUGCUUCUCAAAAGGCACCUACCAACAGCCCAGGUGACCUUGGGUUGCUGCAGAAAAACAGAUUGCUGAAUGACAAGUCAGCAUAAUGAAAGAUUAUUGGGAGAUUAGGCUAACAUAAUAACUCUGCAGGCUCUAAUGGGGAGGAUCAGAAUGGGUUUAGGACUUUUAUGACUUAGACUACUAGACUUCUAUUUUCUACGCCAUGCACAUAGAUUCUCACACAGAGGGCUUUCUUUGUUUUGCCUGUUCAUGCUGUUAUGAUGUAGGUUAAUAAUGUUCAGCGCUGAAACAGUGAUAAUGGCUAGCUAGCUAAAACCUUAAGCGUUUUAAAUUGAAAUUCCUUUAGGACCAUGGUUUCUAUGAAAUUCCAAUGGCCAAUUUCAGCUUUUUUAUUUUACCUUAGGUUUUUUUUUUUAAUUCCCCACUUGUGCUUCAACCUGUAGAUGAAAGAAGAGAAAAUGAAGGUAUCUACUCUGCAAAGAUGCUGUCACAUUGUUUCUCUGCUGAAGGUGGAGCUGCCCUUUGGGUGGCUGGGGGUGGUGGUGGGGGCUAUCUUUCUCCAGACAUUGAAAGCGUGAACUGCAGAGAAGCUGCCUCCAAGCUGUUCUGAAGAUGUGUACCAUGUGUGCCUGCAUCUCUCAGGUCUUUAGGGGAGGGGAGUUUGCAACAGGAAUGCUCAUUCCUUUCCUGGUGGGCUUCACAAAACUGGCAUUCCCCUUUUGCCCUGUGAGACUGAAUAUAGUGCGUUAAUUUGGUGGAUUCAUUCUUGAAGUCUCUGCCUUACUUCAACAAACAGCACCUCAACCACAUGUGAAUUUCCAUGUUGUAGGGCAGGUCGGUUUGUGUUUGCCAGAGCAGGAAUUAAGCUCCCCAAAUAAUCCUGUUUAAUAAAAUGUUGCAGGAAUUUUGAAAACACUGAAAGAGCUGAGAAUCGCUGGUUCUGUGUUCAUUUAUUUGUGUGCCUGGGCAACUAUAUUCAUUCACCAGUGACUGUUUGCAUAAAGCAGACCUGACCUGUGACCAGAAGGGUACUAUUUGAGCUGGUAAGUGGAGAGGGUCUCAUGUGGUCUUUCUGAUCAAACUAGCAGAUGCAGGCCAGAGGACACCUAUAGCUCCUUAUGCAGCUUGCAAAACAAAAGUUACACAUUGUUGGUCUUGAUGUUAUUUACAACAUUGUGGGGAGAAGCAAGCUACUCUGGGGACAGUCAUAAACAGUAAAGCUAAAUGGAUUAAAAUCUCUGUUCGUGUGUCUUAUUAAACAUUGUGUUCUUUUUCUAAGUAAAUUAAGGAUGGAAGGUGUACUAGCUAACAAUGUAUUGCUUCUAAACAGCGAGCCAAUGAAGUAUUGAUGAAGCAAUAACAUGUAAAAUGCUUAGAGACUGUGCGAUCAAUAUAUUUCUCAAAAUGUCUGGUAGUCUUUUAUAAUGGCAUCUGUUUAUAGAGACUUGCUUUGUAAACUCUCUUUUUCAUAAACAGCUCUUCUCUGUUUAGCUUCUUAUCGGGCUGGAUGCUUGAAACCCUAGGAAGGAGAAGAGAGGAGAAGAGCUUUAGAAUAAAGCUCCUUUAGUAACCAUCCUGUUCUAUGUAAGUCUGUUGCCUUUAUAAAGCAUAUGAGGAUGACAUUGUAGACCUGUUCAUUGAGAAUCUGGUCUUCCUUAGGUAAUGCUUUUGUUGCUGACUUAACCACUUUCCAUUUGAAUCUUAGCCCAGGUACAAUAUUUGCUCUUGGAGGGGGAUUAAUUCUUGAAAUCCUGGAUGGACGCAACCAGAGACGCACUUUAAAAUCCUCUACAAAUUGUCUUUCUUCCUUGCUAAGAGGUUAGUAAUUCUCUGGUUGAUGGGAAGACGCGCAGGACAUGACUGCGUGGAAAAUUCAUCUUUCUUCAGUGGUUUAGGAGUUGACGUCUUUGGCCUGUGGUAGCUCCUGUGCCGUUCGGAACACAGCAAGGUAUUUGAUGUUAUUUGCCGGUUUCUUCUUAUGGCCUAUAGCGUGAAUAAGGUGACUGUUCAACCACAGCUACUGUUCUGGACUUGGAAAACCAACUUAUAUUUCGUGAAAUAGGAAUUCUUAACUGUGUGUCUGUCUUUAACCUCCACCUUACAAUUCUCUCAACUUUUCGAAGGAAAGUAUUUCCUCUUUCUACAGUCUAGUGUGUGCAAAUAGGUUAUAGAAACUUUCUGCUUCUAAAACAGUUUUAAAACAGGAAAGCAAGUAGAAAAACAGAAUGGAGGUAAGCUGCAAGCAGCUAUAUAUGGUGAGACCAAAGGUCCUCUGACUCUAGCAGUGUCCAGAAGGGAGACGUGUACGAAUAGAGCAUGUGUAGAAUUGUGCUUUCCUGAUGCUCUCCUCAGCACCUAGAUCAUCCUGCCCAACAUCUGCCAGAGCCCUUUUCCCUGGGAAUGUGUCUAAUCCUGUAAAUCUAUUAAAAUUGGUGAUGUACAGUCUUCUCCACUGUACCUUUUAUGAGUAAAUGCUACAUUUUAUUUUGAACUUACUGCCUAUUCACCUAAUUCAGUGCUGCUAUUUUUUUUACUUAGGACAGAGUGAAAAAUAAUCUUUCCAUUUCGUACCGCUCAUUUUCUGGACAUCUCUUUUUGGAGAUCUCUUGUGUCCUUUUGGUCCCUUUAGCCCCUUCCACCACCCCAUUAUUUUUUCCUUCUCUGAAAGAAUCUUGCUUCAUCUGUCUGUGUUUUAGAUACAGGCUGUUCCUUACCCCUGGUUGUAUUUAUUACCUUUCUGGGCAGGUAGUUGGACCGUUAUAUUCUUAAAGUCCUUCCUAUUUCAAAUUCAGUGAUGCCCUGAAAGUAAUGGGUUGUGUUCAGUUCUGAUUUAGAAAAAUACAGUGGUAGAGUUGAGUUCUCAUUUUGGGUUUGGUCUGACUCAUUACUCACGUAUUGCAGAGUCAUAGGGGUUGGACAGGGCCACUGGAGAUCAUCUUGCCCAACUCUCUGCUAAAGCAGGUUGCACAGGAAAGCAUCCAGGUGGGUUUUGAGUAUCUCCAGAGCAGGAGACUCCACCACCUCUCUGGGCAGCCUGUGCCAGUGCCCUGUCAUCCUCACUGCAAAGAAGUUUUCUCACGUUCUAAUGGAACUUCCCGUGUUCCAAAUUGUGUCCAUUGCACCUUGUCCUGCGUGCCAUCGUUGUGUGUCUUAAACUGAGCGCUCUGGCUCCAAGACGUGGAUACAUCAGGGUUUCUAAAAUAGCAUCAAUAACAUAGUCUAUUAUGUUCUUGAUUCAUUUCCUAAUAAAUUCCCUGCUUACAUCAAGACUUUCUUCCUAUUUAGUAACUGUAACUAUGCAUAUCAGACAAGGGUUGUAUUUUCCUCAUGCGGGAUACUUUAAACUUACUGCCAUUUUGUUUCAGCACCUACCUAGUCUACUUUGCAAAGUACUCCUCUAACUUAGUGCAGACCACUUUUUUUUUUAAUGAUCACAGGAUAGUUUUCUACCUGUGGACAGCCUCUUCGCUCCUUAUCUAGGCUUCUUUGCAUUCACCCAAGACUAUGUGGAAUGGCAAAUGUCCCAGGACAGAUGAAGGAGCUCUAGUGUAUACAUGCAGUGGUGAAAAAUAAAUCCCAAACCUCAAGGUAGCCAAAAUCCAUGUGAACUGAUAAUCUGUAUUUCCUAUAUCUUAUCCAGUUUUUGACAGACUGACCUGCCUCCUUGACUGAUGACAAUUUAGAACUUCUGGUGACAAAUCUUGGUGAGCCUUUUGAAAAUUGAAGUACUUCUAUUGAUAAGACUACCUUUAUCUCUACUUGUAUACUCCACAGAAAGUCUCUACAAAUCUCUCUGCAAAGGCCAAGCUAUCUCUUCGCCUCUGGAUUUUUUUUAUUGGCCUAGUAAUACUUUGAAUGACUGAAAAACAAGUCCCUGGUCUUCUGCAGUGUUUCUGAAGAACUGUUUUUAAAUAGUUGGGUUUUUUCCUUAUAAGGAGCCAACCUUUGUACUGAACUUGAGUAUCCAUUGAAAGAGUCAGAUUGGUAAACUAUACCAUAGGAGUAGAAUGUUUUACCCAACCGUUGUGCCUACGUUUUUACCUCAUCCACUUAACUUUUUCACCCCCAUCUCUGACACUUCUCCCAGGAACCUUUGAGGGAGAAGUUCAUUCAUCCACAGUUACCUACCUGUCCAUUGGUCAUGAGCUGCCCUGAAUCUCAGAAGACGGGGAAGAAUGCUGAUUCCCCUCCAAAACAAGUUAUCUUCAAGAAAAGCACCCGUGACAAAGCACUGACCAUCUACCUGGGAAAGCGUGACUUCAUUGACAACAUAGGGAGCGUGGAACCUGUCGAUGGUGUUGUAUUGGUGGAUCCUGCAAUGAUCAAGGGGAAAAAAGUGUACGUGACUCUGACCUGUGCUUUCCGGUAUGGCCAGGAGGACAUCGAUGUGAUCGGCCUCACCUUCCGGCGGGACCUGUUCUUCUCUAGGGUCCAGGUGUACCCACCUGAAAACAAGCCAGAAUCUCUCUCCCACUUGCAGGAAUCUCUGUUAAAGAAGCUGGGGAAAAACGCUUACCCCUUUUUCUUUACAUUCCCAGAUUACCUGCCUUGUUCAGUCUGUUUGCAGCCUGCACCUCGUGAUGUUGAUAAGAGCUGUGGGGUGGACUUCGAGGUGAAAGCUUUUUCAGCAGAGAAUUUGGAAGAGAGAAUUCAUAAGAGGAACUCCACACGGCUGUUGAUCCGUAAAGUGCAGUAUGCUCCCGAAGAACCAGGACCCCAACCUUGCGCAGAGACCACGUGGCAGUUCUUCAUGUCCAACAAGCCAUUGCACCUGAAAGCUUGCCUCAGUAAAGAGGUGUACUACCAUGGUGAGCCCAUUCCAGUCACUGUCAUAGUCACCAACAGCACAGAGAAAACAGUGAAGAAGAUCAAAGUCCAGGUGGAGCAGGUUGCCAACGUGGUUCUGUACUCCAGUGACUUCUAUACAAAAGUGGUAGCUGCUGAGGAAGCCCCGGAAAAGGUGCAGCCAAACAGCAGCCUGACAACGACACUGACGGUUUUGCCUUUGCUAGCUAACAACCGGCAGACCCGGGAAAUAGCCCUGGACGGCAAGCUAAAGGAUGAGGAUACCAACUUAGCUUCUAGUACCAUUAUUAAGGAUGGAAUAGACAAGACGGUGAUGGGCAUUCUGGUUUCAUACAAGGUCAGAGUGAAGCUCACUGUUUCGGGCCUGCUGGGAGACUUCACAUCCAGUGAAGUGAGCACAGAGCUGCCAUUUCGUCUCAUGCACCCCAAACCUGAGGAAAAGAACGUAACAGACCUGACUGUAUCUGUUCCCUAGUGGUGAUCAUCAGAAACUGCAAGGUGCUUGCACUGAAUCAGGAUUUCCUAUACAGCAUCUGGAGCAGCUAAUGAACAGAAAACAUUAUGCCAGCCUUUCAGUGUUGAGAUUGUUCUAGAUAAGUCAGCUUGUCCUGCUCGCUGUCUUUGUAUGGGGUUAGGUGGGCUUCAAGCAGAAACCCAUGGCCACUUCUGCACUGUGGUUGUUUUUCUUUAUUUUUUCUUUGGGCUAAAACUUAUCUAAAAUUGCAGUAUCUAUGAAAAUGACCACUAGAUUAUGGAGGAGACUAUGAAAGUAGUUAUCCUGAGAUGGUUUCUGUGUUCUAUACUGGAGGCAUUAGAAAGAGUGCUUUAGCCCUCAUUGUGGUAAAUACUUGGGAUACAUUAAACAUAGUAUAGCCAGCUGAUAAAAAGAGGUGAUUCUCCCACUAUACUUAGCUUUGGUGCAGCCUCACCUUGAAUACUGUGUGCAGUUCUGGGCUCCACAGUAUUUUUAUAGGAUGUGAAGUGCUGAGAGGAGGGCACCAAAGCUGGUAAAAGGGCUGGAAGACAUGUCCUGGGAGGAGAGGCUGAGCACAUUUGGGUUGCCCAACAUGGAAAAAAGGAGAUGGAGGUGACCUCACUGCAUUCCACAACUUUCUGAGGAGGGGGCAGGGAGCGAGUUGCUGGACCCUGCUCUUGCGAACCAGUGGAAAAACACAAGGGAACACCAGGGGAGUUUCAGGCUGGACAUGAGGAGAAAUCUGUUUACCAUAAGAGUGAUCAAACACUGGAACAGGCUUGCUGGCAUUGGUGCCUGUUGGUUUCGGGCACUCCACAGAUGUAUGCAGACUGCAUCUGCUUCCAGGGGCCUGUGAGACGGGAAAUUGGUUCUUCAUGGUUGGUCUGUAGGAUUGAUAAGUUGGACCACCUUGGAGAAGCUGCUGUAAGGCAAAUGCUAUGCUCAUGCAGUGAGUUCCCUUCCAUGGAGCAGGCCUGCAAAGCUCUGCUAGCAGACUGCUGACAUAGCUGUGUACUUGAUCAUGAUCUCAAGUGGUGACUCACUGUAGGAGAGCAGCUUUGCCAAGGGUCUUCCCAUCGGUUCUGCUUGAACAUCCUGAAGCAUUUCCCCUAGGCUUUCCAGCAGGAAUCCCCCUGCCACUGAGCUUGGCGAAGGCCAGGGUGGUGGCCCAGGAAAGGUGGCUGGUGAGGGCCAUCUGGUGUCCGCAGUGAGCCUCACACAGCGGAGGUGCUGCUGGGCUCCAGGGCUGCAAAAUCGAGCUUUUGUGGAUCCAGAGAAAAGCUUAACAACCUCAAAUGAGGACCAUCUAGAGGCUCGGGGAACAGUAAUGAACUCUGUGUAUAUUUUCAGAAUGGUGUGAGGUUUUUUUUGACAUGACAUCAUGUUUAGUGUUAAUGCCACGUCUCCCUUUUUAUUUCCUGUGCUUUGAGCUGAUAAUUUUGUCGUAAGCAUUUGUAGGCUAAGAUGAAGAAGAAUGCAAGUCAGUCAGUUCUCCCUUUUAAGAUCAUUUCAAAGCGUGGCUGAUGCUCUUUUAUAUAGUACACUCAAAAGAAUGUGGGCAGAAGAUUUUACAAGGGAAACGGAGAACUGCAGUAUUUCUCAGAUCACUUCCCCCAGCACAUCCUCUCACCAAAGAUGCAGCCCCCACAUAUUGUUUGCUACAUCAAAGUCAUCAAGGAGCUUGCUGUCAGGAGACAGCUAUACUUCAUGCAUUCUGUACAGAUGGAAACUGCAGGUUUCUUGUAACUUUAGGGGGAAAAAAAGUGUAGUUUCAGGAGCUAUCCCAUGGGAAAGCCCUACAAGCAGUCAACUGAAGAAAAAAAAGUGCUUUCUAUUCAAACAAGACAACUAACACAAAAGAAAAUCCCUCUGAAGCCUACAUAGCUGAUCUGGCAACUGUGCUGGAGUGCCGUGUCUGAGCUCAUUACAGGGAAUAAAACAGCUUACAAAUGAAGCUGGUAAACUAAAACUCUUUCUGGCUUUCCAUGUUCUCUGCCUAAUCAAUCUCACAAUUGGAAAGACUUCAUACUAUGGAGAUGCAUUUUUCAUUCUGCUACUGUAGUUCAUGCGUCAAAAAGUGCUUCAUUAGUGAAAUAACAUUGAAUUUGUAAUCAAGAAAAUCAAGACUUAAUUGCAGAGAUGGAGAUUCAACAAACAGUGUUUAGAGUGUUAAAGGUCCCACAAGAUAUAAUUUUAAUUUGUUGGUUUGUUCAGCAGCCUCUGCAAUGGAUGUAGGCAAAGGUACAUGCAUAGGGAAUGUUGAGAUCACUCCUUCUUGUUCCAUUCCCUUUUGUUUUUACUGAUGAGUCAGUAGUAACCAGUUUGUCUAUUGUACCUCCCUUCUUCCCUGACUUGUCACUUCAUCUUAAGGUGCAGCUGGGAGAAAGCAAAAGUCAAAGCAGUUUAUAGCAUCAAAGCUAAAGGGGAUUAAAAAUGUCACAUACAAUGACUUAUUCCCUGUGGAGGAGUAAUAUCCUUUUCCCUUCUCUAGCUAAAGUGACUUACAGCAAAAGUAAAUGAACCGUAAAAUCAGUAUAUUUAAUCAUGCAGAGCUGAUGUGAGUGUAGAGAACCAGAGAACCCCAGACAAUGUCAGAACAGGUAAACUUCUGAAGAACGUGACUCAAUUUUUGGGCCAAACAUGGACACGUGUGAUUAGCUGCACUGUGUUUUCACAGCAUAUUGUUUGACCCUUUUUAUUUGUGUGAUGAGCAUUCAUCUCUCAGUAGAAGCAGGGCUGUGAGAGUGCAUGGCUGUUGCUGUUUGCUUGCUCUUCCUUUCGCACUUGGAGGAGAUAGAAAUGGAACUGCUUGCUACUUUUCUUUUUCCGUGUCCAUUUACAGCUUUCUUGUCUUGGACUCCUCAGAGGCCAGCAUUUGCAUGUUUCAUGUGUGCUAGUUUUGCAUCUGUUUUUGGAUCCAUGUGGUUCACGGGUGGUUAUUUUCAGGCAAGGCAGCUCCUGUCAUACUGGCAGUCUGUCUUUUCCGCCUGUUGACAAAAAUGGAUAGAGAGAUGUUUCCUUUAAAGACAGAGUCCAACCGGGCUGCAUGUCUGCUUCCAAGACCUUUCCCAGUCAGCAGCUUGCCCAGAAGCUCCUGCUGGGAUUUUUACAAGGCUGUGUUCUCAGUUUGAGUUCUUUGCUCUGGUGUUUUCCUGCUCUUGUCCUGAUGUUUUACAUUUUGUGGGCCUAUGUCUUGGACACUGACUUUUAUUUUGGCUGGUAUUCAACACAUGGUCAUUUAUCUGCUCUCUUGUUAAACUUGCAUGAAAGGGUUGCUUUCAAGAAGCCUAAAAAUAUUGUGUCCCUUUAACCCUAUGCUCACCCUGUAUCGAUAUUGUAACUUGCAGAAAUUAGAACAUUUUCAAAGGGCUUGAAUGCCUUAAAAUGUGUUACACAGCCUCUUUUUUUUUUCCAUUGUGAAGUUAAAAGAGGUUAAAAGCAAGCAUAUAAUGAAAAUUACCAUAUGUCACAACUUUAAUUACAUGGAGUCAUUUCUGUGGCUGUAUAAUAAAAGCCUAUAGAAAACCCUCUGCAGAGAGUAUGGUGAUGUUCUGGAGCCUCAUCUGUCCUCAAACACAGCGCCCUACCAUCCUAACCCUCAAAACACUUGCUGGGAUGCCAGUUGAAAAUAGGUUGGCUUUUUCCUUAUUUUUGGGUUCCAGAGACUUUUUCGAUGUUAUAAUGCUAAAUAAGCCACAGGAGAACAAGAUAAUGAUGUGGGGGGGAGCCUGACUCCUGUUAGAGUGCUGAUGUAGGCAAGCCAGUGGGAUGUAAUGUAGCAGACUGGAGAUAAAAUAGCAUCUGUACCUUGAAAGAUUUACAUAUUUGAAUGUAGUCUUACACUUAAGCUAUGUAAGCAUUGCUAUACUGCUACAAUAUUUAUGUAUUGAUUCAGUAUGUAUCAGACAACAAAGUAUAUGCCUAGCCCAAAAAAUACCUCUCCCCCCCCCCCAACCCAUUCUGUAGGAUCAGCUUCAAACCACACUGGUGAAGGCUGCUCACUUUGCCUGCAUCUCUGAUGUCACUGUUCCCAUAGUAAUGAGCGUACUUUGAAGAGAGGAAAGAGAACAGACUAUUUAAAGAAUAAAAAUUGGAGGAAAAUAAAAUGAGAGCAAUGCUUUGUGUUGGAAACUUUAAAGAAACUUUACAACUUCUAAAUAUUUCAUUUAAAAUCCAUUUUGGUCAAGUAUGAAUGCCCUGAGACUGUCCAGACUUCAUCUGGGCCUUUGUGAGCAGAGGGAGCUGUCCUUUCACACUCUGGAUGCACAUCAGGAGUGCCUUUAUGCGAUCCAUCAUUUGAGGCAUUUUGGCUAUAGUGCCCCACUUAGCACACUUUUAAUGCUGACUUUUCCAGCGGUGCUAAUCAUGCUUGUUGCCUUUGAUUUCAGCAUGUGUGUGGGUGGGAAUUCUGCAGGUCAUCCAAUCACUGAAGUAUCCCCAGUCCCUGAUGACUUCUGUAGAACAAUGGCCUUACAGCACUGUACUUUCUCACUUAAACUCAUGAGAAAUAAGCAAGUGGUACAAUGCUUAUUUGAUAAAGUAACUGUAAAAGCAAAACAAUCAGUUUUCCCACCUCUUCCCUGCAGUAUAGUCUGUCCUUACUGUAGGCUGUGCUGAAUACACCUUCCAAGGAAUCCUGCUAGCAAGCUGGAAUACUGCAAACAUUGCUGAGUGGUCAGCAAAGAUCCCAUCAAAGGAACACAAGCACCAAAGGUUUAUAUUUAGGCAGGGAUGAAAUCAGUAGUACUGCCUCUGUCUGCUGAGAGGCUGUCUUUUUGUACCCUGAUUUCAGUACUUCUGUGUUUACUGAAUGAGAACACCUUCUCAUCGGCUGGCUACUUAAAUCAUAGUGAUAGACCAAUUAAGACUAACACAUGAGCACUGUCAUCAGAGUAGAAGUGUGUGCACAGAUGUUUCUCACAGCUGUGACUGGUAGCGAGCACAAAUGGGAAAAAUCUGUUUAUUUCUCAGCCCUUCUGAGGUCUUGGGCAAUAUUGCUGGAGUGCUUUCACAUUUGAGAGACCAAGUUUUGCUUUAGCAGGUGCAUGCACACACGUUUGGGCUGCUGGAAUUCUUGUAUUGCUGCAAAUCCUAAUGCUUUAUGAAAUUUUGCUAUUUCUAGCAUCCACUGUUCUAACUGUUAGUGUGUCUCUUUUCCUCCUUUACUGCAUGCUGAUGACUGCAGGGAAGGAUGGGUAAGUUUCUUUUAAUGGUAUUUCACAUUCUAGCUUCUGCUGUGCAUUGCUUCUUUGAAAGCUCCUCAAAAUUGUCCGAAAAUCCACAGGGAUCACAGAGCAUAAACUUAAAAAGUGAGUAAACUGCUGUGGCUUGCCAAAUUGCCACUACUAGUUGAACAGUAAGGACUGACCAUGUGAAAAUGGUUUGAGAUCAUAUUUUGCCUAACAGUUGGAGAGAAAAAGAUGGUCAGCUGAUGCUCUGUAGUUUCAGGAACUCAGUGAGUUCAACCAUAUGCCCAUAUUUUAAGUGCAGAAGGAUGAAAGGUUUCACAUUUUAUCUCAAUACAAAGACCCUUUCAAGCUGCCAAUUAUUCAGCUAGCUGAUAUUUAGAUAUUUAGCUGGAAAGAGCACAAUUCAUUGGAGAUGAAAACCUUCUCAGUUUGUGUCCUGACUUGUUCAGUCAAUUCCCUUUCCUACUAGCUAGAAUAGCACCAAUGAAGAUAGUAUCUGUGGGGAUGUGAUACAAACCCCUUUGAAGACUAAAGAAAUAUCACCAGAGACUGCUCCAGGCUUCUUUCUUCCAGUGUGUUGUUUUUCAGUAUGCUGGUAUAAAAAAUGUCUGACCUCAUUCUGAAAGAUCUACACUUCUUCCAUUUCAGUGAUGCAGAGAUGGUAUUUGAGGAGUUUGCUCGUCAACAGUUAAAAGAUAUGGGUGAUGAAGAAGAAAACAAGAAUGUUUCCUCAACUGAUGAGUGAUGAAAAGAAUGAGCUGAUGGAGAAGCUAUGUAGUCUAGCACCAAUUUGUAAUUUAGGACCUAGGUUUCUAGUAAACUGUGUUCUUGGUGCAUGCGCUGUCAGGGAUCAGUAGACAUAAAAUCAUAAAUCUCUGUUACUUAUUAAAAGUUUCAGCUCCAUAAGAACAUAGCAAACUCCGUACCUGUUGCUUACUCUAACUACCAGAGGAGUGCAGGAAGGCUGCCAUGCUUCGGCCUCUGCCUCAGAGCUACCUGUUCAGGGGGUUAGUUACUUUUACCACUGAUGAGAGCUUACACAAGGGCUUGUGCAGCUAGGGUUGAGGAGUCUCUGCUUCUGAAACACUAGUGAACUAAGUCCUAGUUUGAAUGUCUGGCUUGCUGCCUUUGACUUGAAGUUCUUCAGUGGACUGGAUGAAAUUGGUUUUAUUUCCUUUUGUUUGCAUUUGCAUUUCUGCUUUAUCAAACUGAUCUAGUUAAUAUUUUCAGUGCUUGCACUGACCAUGUGCAUGGCUUACAUCCACCUUCUCUGCCGCUAAAUGUCUUGCAAGUCAUCUUUCACAGCAGUUGUAAUGCUAAGAUAUUAGGUUAGCUUUCCAGCAUUAUUCUUAACAGCCAUGUUAUUAAAGAUCAGAGAAAUGUGCUCUGUACAUGAAUUCCUUAACAUAGCUCCCUAUGCGGAAUGCUAACCAGAGAACUGCUAGUCCAGAUUAAUCUUAUUUAAUCUAGUUUUCUUUAUGUGGCAGUGCUUCCAAAGAGAGCACGAUGAAAUUAAGGAGGAAACCAUGGGGCAGACUGCACUUAGAAACCCACAUCCCUCUGCCAGAGAUCAGCUUAUACUCUAAGAAAUUAGAACAUAGCCUGCAAACAUUGAUCUCCCUUGUUGAUCUGAAUUUUCUCAUUAUCCAAGCAAAUGGAUAGAGUCCUUUCCUGUGUUCCAUUUAGGCUCUGGCUGAAAUGAGUUGCAUCAGCUAGCUACAUUUUGCAUGUAAAAAGACUGCUGUUAGCUUUUUCUCAUUUUUUUUCUGUUUUUCAUUGUCUCUGGAUUAAAAUUAUCCUUGGAAGUCUGAA